ACAUAGAAGGAAUUGAAGCAAAGGAGACUAGAGCCAGGAGUUGAGAAGAUGCGUCAAGGGAAAAUGUUUAACCAGAGCUAUGUGAUGAAAUACGACAUUCCAUUAUGAAACACCAGAACUGAAAGGCACACCAGCUAGACCUAGCCUUUGCCCAGAGCUCGUGGCAGCAUUUGCUGGUAGCCCUGUCACUGGGGACUUAAAAACCGGCAGCAGCUGACAGUUUCUUUGGAGACAAUUUCAGCUUUGAGCAAUAGGCUGGGGUGUUUUGAAUGAUAUAAAUUAGCGAGCAACGGGCAAGAACCUGGUGCUUCCAGGUUGGCGCUACAAGCCAUCCAGCCCCAGACUACCUCCUGCAGCUGAAUCCAGGACACCCCGAAAUACUACUUGGUCCCUUCGCCAGUUGCCAAUGAUCCAGCUGACAGCCACCCCAGCAAGUGCCCUCAUGGAUGAGCCAGUGCACAUCCGAGUGACAGGCCUGCCCCCGUUGCAGACAGUGACCCUCAUGGCAUCUCUGAAGGAUGAGAAGGGGAAUCUGUACAAGUCCAAAGCCUUCUACAAGGCUAACCAGGCAGGCAAACUGGACCUGGAGCAGGAUCCUGCACUUGGUGGUGACUAUGUAGGGGUCCAUCCGAUGGGCCUCUUCUGGGCUAUGAAGUCCGAGAGGCCUUUUGGUAGGCUUAUUAAGCACGAUGUAAUGAACAGCCCCUUUUGGGUCACUCUGGAGCUGUAUGACUCAGUUUGCUUCCAAGAUUCAGUCACGAUUGAGCCCAGGGCCCGCCAGACGGUGCAGCGCUGGUUCUCGGUCCCUGAGGUGCAGCGGGUGCAGAUCCGAGAAGGUCGCGUGCGAGGAGCUCUUUUUCUCCCUCCGGGGGCAGGCCCUUUCCCAGGCAUCAUUGAUUUGUUUGGGGGCAUUGGGGGUCUAGUGGAAUUUCGGGCCAGUCUUUUGGCUGCCCGUGGCUUUGCAAUGCUGGCAUUGGCAUAUUUCGCCUAUGAAGACCUGCCCGAGCAACUGCAGGAGGUGGACCUGGAUUACUUUGAGGAAGCUGCCAACUUGCUACUAGCUCAUCCCAAGAUCCAAAAGCCAGGAAUCGGAGUGCUCUCGACAAGCAAAGGUGCAGAGAUAGGGCUGGCCAUGGCCUGCUACCUGAAGCAGGUGGUAGCCACUGUCUGGAUUAAUGGGACCAAUGCCAUCUUUGAAUUUCCUCUCAAGUACAGGGAUAUGGUUAUGAAACCCAUCCCCUCGUUUCUGGAGCGCAUGCAGAUGGACAUCUCAGGGGCUGUGCGACUCCGCCACUACAAGGGGGACCCUCGGGAAAAACUAAAUCAGCAGAGCGUGCUUCCUGUUGAAAAGGCCAGGGGUCCGAUCCUCUUCAUUAUAUCAGGGGACGACGAGUGCUUCAAUAGCAGGCAAUAUGCGGAGCAGGCCCUGGACCAGCUGCGGAGCCACGGGAGAAGUAGUGGAAGGAUGCUGGUCUACCCAGGGGCGGGCCACCUCUUAGAGAGUCCCCAUGGGCCCUCGUGCUAUGCUUCCUGGAGCUACAGCCUUUCUGCCCCCAUACUCUGGGGAGGGGACCGUGUUGCUCAUGGUGCAGCCCAGGAGCACUCCUGGGCAGAGAUCCAGAAAUUCUUCAGGCAACACCUUAUUCUGACCAGGGGCAAAUUCUGAGUAAGGGCUAAGGCUAAUGAUGGAGUUGGGGGAAAAAAACGAGGAUGAGGCCGGGAUGUGGUGGGGAGGGCAGGCUCUCCUGAUUCUCUAGAUUGACAGUCAUAUUGAAUCAACUGGAAGGAAAUUGGACGGAAUCAAAGGACCAGGGCACAGUUGAAUCUGAAGUAUUUCUAACAAAUUUGUAUGUGCUUUGAAUUUUUGUAUAUCUAAUCAUAGUCUAUACGCACCAGGGUAUUUGGCUGUUUCAAAAUUGUGAUACCCUUGCAAUUAAAUGAUCUUUUGUACCCAAGUUAGGGAUACCUUGAUCCAGCUCUUGCCAAUCUAGAUGAAUUCCCUGAAACUUCCAAGUUCCUUGUGGAAAUACAUUUUCUGCUUAAA